AUGGCAGAGCUGUCUUCAAGAAAUAUUGGUCUUUCUAAGAAAAAAUUUAAGAAAAGUGUAACGAAGACGAGAAAGAACGGAAAGAAAAAGCGCAGGAAAUGCAGAAAAGAGGAUUAUUCUGUUUACAUCUACGAAGUGUUGAAGCAAGUACGCCUGGAAACUGGUAUCUCCUCGAAAACCUUGAGUAUCAUGAAUUUAUUCGUCGCUGAUACUUUAAAGCGUAUUACGAAUGGGGCGUCUCGCUUGACCCACUACAGUAAGCGAUCGACUAUCACGUACAGGGAGAUUGAAAUGAUCGCGCGCCUGUUGCUGCCAGUAGAGCUGGCUAAGCACGCUGUGUCUGAGGGCAUGAAGGCUGUUAAAGAGUAUCCCAUCUCCAAGUAA